AUGAAGACCAGCUUUCUUGCAGUACAAUUCGCCGUCCUGGCACUCGCCCUGCCCGAGCCAGAAGGCCAUGAAUUCCGUGCUCCAGGGCCCUUCGACAGUCGAUCACCUUGCCCUGGCCUCAAUGCCUUAGCGAACCACAACUGGCUGCGUCAUGACGGCAAGAAUCUCGACUGGCCGAUGAUAAACACCGCGGCCCAGGACGCUUAUGGCUUUGGGCCCGGUAUGUACAAGCCAUUCGUCGACAUGGUCUUCCAGUUUAACAUUUCCACCACAAACACACCUAACGAGACUUUCAACCUCUUUGACCUGGCUCGACACGACACAAUCGAGGUCGACGGCUCCCUCACCCGCAAUGACAUCUACUUCGGCGACGAUGUCCACUUCGACGCUUCUGUGUUUGCUCCCGUGGCGCAAGACCUGGGAUUGAACCAGAAUCUCAGCGCGCACAGUUUCGUCACGACAGAGACGGCGGCGCUGGCGACAAAGAAUCGUCUGGCGCUCGCGAAACGCGUCAACCCGGCUUUCAAUGCUUCGGCAUCUCAGCACGAGUCCGAGUACGGUACUACUGCGCUCUACCUUUACACGUUACUGGAUGAAGACAGUGGCACAACGCCGAAGCCAUGGGUGAAAGCAUUUCUAGGUGAGGAUCGGAUCGCUUAUAGUGAGGGCUACAGCAAGGGAAGUUCUGUGAAGACCCAGGAGCAGCUAGAUGCUAUGCUCGAUGCUCUGCUGUCGUUGGCGACGGCGCAGCUCUAUCUCAACGUCACGGCCCUCGGAGCUGCCGACGGCGCCUCAACAAUCGAGUGCUGGCAGGUCAAGUCGCCCUUCGCAGUAGCGACCGAUGCGGGCACGCCGGGCUCGGCAAUCGCGCAGCUGGGCAAUAUCGCCAACAUGUCCUACCUCGCCAUCCCGCCCAACUUUGACGGAGGCUUACACAGAGCACUGGCCAAGCAAUGGGUCUACAUGACCUCGGGCCUGGCCUACACCACCGUGCCCGGCAACAAUAGCGCCGGCGCGUACAUGACGGGCGGCGAGUUCGGCCUGAUCUUCGCUGCGGACACCGCGGACGUGAGCACGGAGGGCCACCGCACCCAGUAUCACAGCAACACGCAGACCAUCGGCAUCCAGCUCCCGACUUUGAAUGGCGAGACCCCGGCGCACGAUGUCUUGCACUCCGGGCCUUGCGUCACCGGUGAAGUCAGUGGACUGCGUUCGUUGGUGUAA